AGACGUGUGCUGAGGAGUUUAGAGAGCAACAGGCAGCAGAGAUAGCGGGUGAGCAGUUGGUGGAGGGUCUGGAGAACGUUCCAGAUCUGCAGGAACGUGGCCGGCAGGUGGCCCAGUUAGAGAGAAACAGGCUGCUGUUGUCUCGUGCGGAGGGCUUAGCUUUAGUUAGGUCUCUGAAUGAGACACAGCGGGCUGUUUUCUUCCAGGUGAGACAGUGGUGUCUGCAGAAGGUGAGGGGUGAAAACCCUCCGCCUCUGCAUGUCUUCAUUACGGGCGGGGCUGGUGUUGGUAAGAGUCAUUUAAUCAGGGCCAUCCAGUACGAGGCAGGGAGGCUGCUGUCAACACUUUGUGAUCAACCAGACGAGAUCUGUGUUUUGUUAACGGCUCCAACUGGAAUCGCUGCGUACAAUUUAAACGCAGCAACAAUUCACCACACAUUGAGCAUCGGCAAACAGUGUAGUUUACCUUACAUCCCUCUGGGUGAAGAUAAACUAAACUCUCUGCGCGCUAAAUUCCUUCACCUCCAAAUUCUAGUGAUUGAUGAGAUCAGUAUGGUGGAUCACCUUCUGUUGGCGUAUGUCCAUGGCCGCUUGAGGCAGAUCAAGCAGACUGGAGACUUUUCCCCGUUUGGUAACGUUAGUGUGAUCGCUGUGGGAGACUUUUAUCAGCUGCCUCCCGUUAAAGGGAAGCCUCUGUAUAGUAGUCAGGUGGGUGUGGACCUGUGGUGCCACUUCAGUGUGGUGCAGCUGACCACGGUGGUGAGGCAGAAGGACAGCGUGUUUGCCGAAUUGCUCAACAGGUUGAGAGUGCGUUCCAGAGACACCCCCAUGUUAGAGAGUGACGUCCACAUCCUGAAGAGCUGUGAGACGGGCGAGGAGAGCUCAGCCUUGCACAUUUUCCCCACCAACCGUAAAGUGAAUGAGCACAACUUGAAGCAGCUGUGUCGGACGUGUCCCGAUCCUGUGACCAUUGAAGCUCAGGACUUCAUGAACAACAGGAGCACGGGGAAGCUGGAGUUGAUGGCGGGGCAUCACAGUGCGGCGUUGGACACGUCCUUAGAGGAGACUCUGAGUCUGGGUCCAGACGCCCGUGUGAUGCUGUGUAAGAACGUGGACGUGGAAGAUGGUCUGGUCAACGGAGCAUGUGGCACAGUCACUCAUAUCCAGUUGAGACAGGGUGACAGCUUUCCUCAGACAGUUUAUGUCAAAUUUGACGAUGAGAAAAUUGGCUCCCAGAGGAGGAAGAAGCGCUCACAUGCUGCAGUGGCCUGCCAGCUUUCUACUGCCAUCGAUCCGGUGGAGGAGAAGGCCACCAAGCGUGGAGGUUUGCGUCGUCAGUUCCCUCUGAAGUUGGCCUGGGCGUGUACCGUCCACAAGGUGCAGGGCCUGACGGUGGACCGGGCCGUGGUGUGUUUGGAGAAGGUGUUUGCACCUGGCCAGGCCUACGUAGCUCUGAGUCGUGUCAGGGAUUUGUCUGGACUCAUCAUCAUGAACUUUAAAGAGAAGUCCAUUUACUGCAAGGACACCAUCAAGGAGGCCCUGGACAGGAUGUCUCCAUUUUUGAUUGAGCAGGCACGGCCUUCAUUAGACACGCCCAAUCUGUCGGUGUAUCUAAUGAACGUUCAAAAUUUAAGUCGCCACCUGGUAGAUUUGGUGUCCUGCACACAGCAUUUGCAGCCUACCUGCAUUGCUGUCACAGAGACGUGGCUCACUGCACAUUCCUCACUAGACGGCGUCCAGAUUGACGGCUACUCUUUCCACAGCCGCCCUCGUGCUCUGUGUUACAGCAGCAGUCAGCCCAAACUGUUAGAGCUGCAGGUUUUAGAACAUGGUGGAGUUGGUUUGUACAGGCUAGCAGAUUGGGACUGUGACAUCCUGCAGGCACCCAAUUUGGAUCUGGAGUGUUUGGUGUGCCUGUGGAACAAAUUCAACAUAGUGAUGGCAGUAAUUUAUCGUCCACCACGUUACCCAAAUUCCCUCUUCAAGCAGAACCUGCAGCGGUUGCUGCAUUGGCUUAAUCCAAUCAGUGACACCAUUGUAGUCAUGGGAGAUUUUAAUGAGAACAUUUUAACGGGGUCAUCAAUUUGCAAAUUAAUGGGAAGCAAAGGAUUUGAUCAGCUGGUGACACAAGCGAGCACAGAGAAGGGGACUCUGAUUGAUCACGUUUAUGUGAGAAGCAGACGGUUUGAUGUGGAAUGUGCAGUGAUGCCCACGUACUUCAGUGAUCAUGAAGGAAUUCUGUGUAGUUUCAGAGCUAGAGGUGACCAGGGGCAGCUGGAGGAGCUGGACAGGUGGUUUGAGCUGGAUGAUGUGGAGUUUGAGGAUGUUGAGGGGAUGUUUGAGGACGACUUGGACUGAUUGAGUCAAACUGAGCUACGUGGCAGUGGCCGAAGCAACUGUUGCUGUUUGUUGUUGCUGAUCAGCUGGUUGAUGGAGGGAACUGACUCGUAGUGCGGUGCUGUUGAUGUGUUAGAGCACUUUGUCUGCCACUCCAAAUCCUGUGUUGUUGUUGUUAUGAAUCAUGUGCAUUUAUUGAAGGUUUUUAGCAGUUUGUAUUUAUCAUAUUACAUGAAAUAAAUUAUGACAUUAUGGAGAUAUUUUUAGAGUAAGUUAUUCAUGAGCUCCAGGUUCAACCUGUGGAGAAUAUAGUUUGAUCAGUGAAAUCUUUUAUUUAUUGACGUCUGUGAAAUCAUGGCUCUGUGCUUCCUGUGGUUCUUGCUGUCUCUUUGUACUUGUAGAUAUUGCUCUGUUGUUGGUGUCUGUCUGUGGAUGUAGUUGUGGCUCUGUAGUUCUUGUUGUGAGUCUGUGGCUCUGGGUGUGGUUGUAGGAUGCUGGUCUGUGGUUCCAGCUGUGGUUCCAGGAGCAGGUUCUCUGGUGCCAGGUCUCUGGUUCCAGAUGUCGGUCUCUGUUUGCCAGUCCCAGCUGUGCUCUGAUCCACCUUGUCUUCUUUUCUUCCUGAUGUGUUGAUUCAGAGCUCUUCAGUCUCACUGAGGUUCAAUAUGUAAAGGUUCAUUGAACUCCAGUCUUUUAAAGGAUUUACAAUCAGUCAGUGAUCAGAGAUGAGUUUUCAUCUCCAACAUGUUCUGAAUCAACACAUCAGGAAGAGUUUCAGUGGAACAUUGAACAGUGUUCUUUUGACUGGCCUGACAUGUAGAUAGUUCACUAUUCAUUAUGUUGUUUGUACAGAUGUUGUGCUCUCUCUCUCUGCCCCCCCACGCCCCCAACACACGCGCACACACACACACACGCACACACACACACACACACACACACACACACACACACACACACACACACACACCUGUCUGCCUGGCAGCCUCAGUCAUGCCAGUUUAACAGAAAACUCCAGUGAUGAUCACUGAUCUCUGAGCUCUCCACAGAGAUGAUCCAGUCUCUGAGACAGAGGUGAUGGAGGAGAAGGAAAUGUGAAUCUGAGGUGUUUUCAUCAUGUUUUGAACAUCGGUCAUGUCUGAGCAGCCAAACACACUCCGUCCUCUGUUCUCCUCUGGUGUGUCUCUAAUGUGUGUCAUUGAACCUCCUGCAUGGAGAACCAGUGAAGGUGUUUACUACAGGAGUGUGUUUGCUAUGUUCUCUCCAGGUCAACCUUCUGGUUGAAGAUGCUGCUGUGUCCAGCUGAUGGCGCUGUGGAGGACACACCACCACUCUGAUGUUCCUGCUGGACCUUAUUUCCUGGACUUGGGUUGUAUUCAGUUUAAAUGUAAUCACAUCUUCAACUUAGAGGAUUUGCAGGUGUGUGAGUUGGUUAUUUUCUGAAUUAAAAUACAAUAAAGUUUUGAUUAUUUGAA